GUAGCGUGUUAGAGGGAGGCAGGGCGGGCGGGAAGCGAGAGGGAGGGUGGGAGCCCCACCGAACCGAGCCGAACCGCCGCGAUGAACACGGUUCUGUCGCGGGCGAACUCUCUGUUCGCCUUCUCUCUGAGCGUGAUGGCGGCGCUGACCUUCGGCUGCUUCAUCACCACCGCCUUUAAGGACCGAAGCGUCCCGGUUCGGCUGCAUGUCUCCCGAAUUAUGCUCAAAAAUAUAGAGGACUUUACUGGGCCCAGAGAGCGGAGUGAUCUGGGCUUCAUUACAUUUGACAUAAGCGCUGAUCUAGAGAACAUAUUUGAUUGGAAUGUCAAGCAAUUGUUUCUCUAUUUGUCAGCAGAAUAUUCCACCAAAAAUAAUGUUCUCAACCAGGUUGUCCUUUGGGACAAGAUCCUUCUGAGAGGCGAUAAUCCCAAAUUGCUGCUGAAAGAUAUGAAAUCGAAAUAUUUUUUCUUUGACGAUGGAAAUGGGCUCAGGGGAAACAGGAAUGUUACUUUAACCCUCUCUUGGAAUGUUGUACCAAAUGCUGGGAUUCUACCUCUCGUGACCGGAUCAGGACGUAUCUCUGUUCCAUUCCCAGAUUCGUAUGAAAUAACAAAGAAUUAUUAAAUUAUUAUUCGGAAUUUCAUCAACAUCUUUUUAUAUUUCAUGAAUUUUAGCCCAUUGGCCCCAUCCUUUCCCCUUUUCUUGCUCCCUCUUCUUUUGUUCUGAAAGCAAGAGAUAUUUCGACUUGCCCUCAGUUGGAAGUUUUACCGAAAAAUUACGUUUCUUUUGUUUUCGUUUUUUUUUACAAUAGCCAACAUUGAAAACCGUAACUGAAAAAGAAAGGUAAAUGGGUUGCAACAUUUCUUUUUUAAUUGGCCACCUGAAUUAUUACCUUUCUUAUUAAUAAAAAUGGAAAAACCCUCAAUCUUGAUCUGUAAAAUAUCUUUUUGAAGUAUUCUCUGCAUUUCCAUUAUCCUUAUGGAAUAAGAGCAUGAAGGAUAGUUAAAACUUCCUGGUGCCUGUAGAGUUAAAAGAACUCUGUAGUAUAUGUCUUCUAUUCAUGCAAAUGAGCAUUGGAUGUGAUUCUGAUGUAGACAUCCUCUUGUACCCUUUUUGAGUUAGUCUGAUAACCGGCAAAAUACUGUCAUAUUUUGUUAUAUAUUAGAAGUCUGGUUUACAAAAUAGCUAAAAGUGACUAAGUGUCACUUAGGAAGGCCCAUGUUUCUUUUUUUUACAUACAGGUAACCAGCAAUUUUCUCCACUUAAAGGCUAAAUAGCUUUUUAUAUGCUGUAAACCAGUCUGUAACAAAACUUUUUAAAGCCUCUUAAAUAAAAAAAAAAAUUGUCGUUACUUGUAUUUGGGGAAAAAUAAAAUACUAAAGAAAUAUUUUAACAAAUAAAAAUAAGUGGACCAUUCCUUGGACCCUUUACACUGACAAAAUAAAACUUAGACCCCUUGUUUUUCAGAGCUAAGGCCUAGCAAGCAAGCUGUGCCCUGAGCUUGGCAGGACAACAAUCCUUUGUGAUUACCCUCUGGAUGAUCUCAUCCUCUGGGCUAGUCACACAAUUCACCUGGAAAAAGUCGCAACAUCCUGCAAUGAAUCAAAUUUUUCACAUGCUACAGCUCACUGGGCAGACACUAGUAUAAGUAUUGAGAUUUCCCCACAAUACAAUACAAAGUGUCUAUACCUCUUCCUUGCUUGCAUGCCUUUUUCCUCACUGAAAAUAAAACUUUAAUUCCGGACUGAUUUAAUUUAAUCUCUGGCCUGCUCUGUUCAGCUCUGAUCUGGUUGAUAUUUUGGUGUCAGAAGUAGGAUCGAACACAGAACCGGGCCAAUUGCACCUUUCAGAACCAGUAGAAGUGGACUAGGAGAUUUCUCUGGAGUCCAGCUGCUCCUUGUCUGGAGAAUCCAUGAGGCCACUUCUUGCUCCAAUCCAUCCAGAGCUCUGGCCUUUGAUUUAGCCUGCCUUUUCUCUGUGAGGAAAAAAAGCCCUAGGCCCCUCCAGUGAGUCAUCUUGGUAAGAUGGCUAUCCUUUUAUAAUGGCAUGCCAGCGCACCUGGGUUUUUUUGUUUUUUGUUUUUUGUUUUUGUUUUUGUUUUUGUUUUUCAAACAGCGUGCCAGGCACACUCUAGUUUCAUUUGCAAAACAGCGUGCUGGUACACUACUGUGUGCCUCUAGCUUCUGCACACUUCUAGUUAAAUUUUUCAAACCCUGUGCCUCUAGCUUCCUGCAUGCCUGAAUUUGCAAACCGUGUGCCUCUAGCUCUCCUGCACGCUUCUAGUUUGGAUAAAAAUUCCAAACUGUGUACUUUCUAGUGAACCAGUUAAAAUUAUGGUCAACCUGAGAUUGUAAUUGUGCUCUUUGUGAAUUUGUGGUCUAAUUUGUCUUUGUGGAAUGCUACCUGUGUUUGUUGUUUAAGUGGUGUUUAUGUGAAACUGUGUGUGAGCUUUGUGUCUGUAAUCUGUCCUUUCAUUUUGUCUGUGUCUAUAUAAUAUCUGUGUCCUGUUUGUGCUGUCUGUAGAUUCUGUUACUUUGAAAGAUUUAAAAUGCAGCCAGCCAGAAAAAUUUCUAAGGGCUGUAUCUAAAGAGUUUAGGACACUGGGAAAGAUUAAUGAACUUUCAUACCUGAAGCAAUUGUCUUAGAAAGCAGGACUAACUCCCACUUUAGGCUUUCUGUGGGAGAUUGUUAUAAGAAAAGAGGAAAAACCUGCAAAACACCUUUUUCUGUCAUUUCAACAUUGGCCAAGUUGUAAUUACAGAAAUAAAGUGAGUUAAUUAAAGUUUGUAGAACUGCUAAAAACAUCUUAGCAGAUUCUGGAGGUUUGGAGAUUAAUCAUUUUAAGAUUGCAGGGGAGAACUCCUGGGGUUUGGUAAUUCCAGGAACUCACUCCCUUCUGAAAUAUCUUAGAAAGUUUUGAGGUACCACUCUGUAGAAUUUGUUUUAAGGAAAAAUAAGGAUUAAAUUUUCUAAAAGUUAAAGGUAGAUCAUACUUCCUUGGAAGACUGAUAACUUCAUUGUUCUAGGGCAAUGAAGGAAGGUAGCUAAUUUGGAAGUAAGCCCAGAGUGGAAAAAAAAUGGUAAAAGCUUGUACUUUACAGCAACCACUUAUUAACCCUUACUUGACAGUUCUGACCAUGAAAAGAGAAAAGAUUAUUUAAACCAAAGAUCUCUUGUCAGAGACCUUCUCCCUCUUAUUCUGUGAACGAACUCUCUCAUUUCAGAUCAGUGUCCCAAAUACAAGUGUUUGAAAAAAUGUAGGGAAACUUGAAUUAUGUUCUGGUUGCAGAAAUUUAUUAGCUGUCUAAUCUUAGGCAUAUUAUCUUACUCUGCCCUAGUUUCCUGAUCUGUAAAGAGCAAAAUAAUAAUGGUACUCACCUCCCAAGGUUGUUGUGAAAUCAAAAUGAUACAACUGUAAAGUGCUUAACACAGUGACCAGCAUAUGCUAAGCACUAUAUUGUUAUUAUUUCUUUAAUUGAAUGUAAUUGUUCCAUGCCUGAAAACUCUAAAAGUGGUUUUAAUAAGAUCAAUGAUUUUUAUAUGUGAUAAUUUAGAAAUGCAAUUGAUUGUCAUCUGAAGUUUGGUUCAUGUUUUAAAUGCAUGAUAUUGUUUGUAUUAUUGUAUUUCUAAAUUCUCUUAUAUUGUGAAAUUCAAGAAACCAUUGUAAUAGAAUUGCUGUUAGACAAAACAACUUUUUAAUCUGAAUACUAUUACACAUGAUUUUGGCUUUUAAAAGGAUAUGAUGAAAUUAUAGAUAUUUGAAAACUGUUAAAUAUUUAAUAUGUAAUAGUGAAUUUUCAUUUGAAAGUCUUGGCUAUUAUGAAAGUAUGUAAGGUGGUUAAAGAUGAAGCUUCACCAUAUUAAUGAUGAGUCAACUAUCAGGCAUUUGCUGUAUGUUUAAAGCCCCAGAAUAUGGGUAGUUUUAAUUUACACAUGAAGGAUAAAUGAAAUGUUAACUGUUAGGGAAGCAUCAGGAAAGAUAUUCAAGUCUACAUUGUGGUUAGUGAAAUUUUGCUAUUUAAGGUAAAAAUUCCUGGGACUGUGACUAUUAUUUUGAGCUUUGAUUACAGGUAUAGUUGAAGUCAUGAAGCCAAUAGUAGGCUGCAGUCUGGGGACUGCUAAAGGUGUAUGGCACGUGCUGUAGUCUGGGGACUGCUAAAGGUGUAUGGCACGUGCUGCAGUCUGGGGACUGCUAAAGGUGUAUGGCAUGUGCUGCAGUCUGGGGACUGCUAAAGGUGAAUGUGUCUGGGAAAGGUUUUGAGGACAACUUUGGUCUGAUCCAAGGUAGGAUCCUCAUGACUCUAUUUCCCCAUUGUGCUAUUUCCUUUUUGAAAAGGAAAAUUCCCACCUGGUUAAUCCUGAGCCUUGCUUUUAACACCCUAUGAAUACGUGAUUGUCUGUAAAUAUGACUCAUGCCUGGAAUCAAACAGAGCUACGGGAAUUUCCCCCUUUGUGGUAUAACUAUGUCCCUUUUUUCCUUUUAUAGCAAAUUUCUAGAAUCAAGAAGUUUUGUAAGUACAAUACUAAAUCUAUUGAGUAAUAGAUUGAUACUGGAACAUAAGAUACAAGUAUGAACAUUUUACAAGUUUAAUUUGUAUUUGUGGUCAAAAUAUCAUAUAGGUAUGAUAUCCUCCUAUAUUGGCUUCCAAAUGUAUCUAUCAUGUAAAUUCAGGGUUUGAAUAUUUCAGUAAUAGAUUCUCAAAACUGGAUAAAGGAGUUAUUAAUUAAGAAUUAAUUGGAUUUUACACAUAAAUUGUAUUAAUAAUGAGAAUGGAAAGAAAGAGAAUUUUCCCCUUUUAAAAUUAUCUGUCUGAUAACAUUAAAAGGCAGGAAAGUUCAUUUUGCAGUUGAACCCUCAUAGAUUUUAAAAGAUUUAGGUGAGGAUAGAAACAGCAAAGGGAAUAUAUAAACUGAAAUUCUCUGAAGUUUCAAAACUGGAGAACCAAAUUUAAGUGAUUGUCAGAAUUACCUAGGAACCUCUAGGUUUGGAGCCCCCUUCAGAGCUAUCCUGAGAAUAAAGCCUGUUGCCCCAGAGAAGAUAUCUAGGGACCAGAUAACUAUAAGACAUAUGGGACUCCAAAUGUGCUGGUUAAAUGGAUAUUAAGAAUGGGUUACUAGGAUACAAGGAGACUUGAUAUUUGUUAAUAUUGGUGAUGAUUAUUGUAUUGCUUUGGUCUUUUGUUUCAGGAUAUUUUAUGUUUGUUUUCUUGGUAACCUUCGUGACAUGUAAAUUUCCCUUCUCAAAACUAGUCCAUCGUGAGCCCUCUAAGUAGUUUAAUCUGUAAUCUGACAUUAAUGUAACUAUGAUUAUGAAUUUGUGCAAACCCUUAUUACAUUGUUUGACCCUAGCUCUGGGUGGCUAGGAAACUGCACCAUCUCUAUGUGCAAUCAGUUAUUGUUUCUAAGGGUUCCUACCAGCUCCUUCUGACUACUCCCACAGCUGCCAAACUUCUGGGUAAUCCUGAACCAUCUGAAGAAAGCCUCUGCUCCGGAGUGAACAGCAGAAACCUGCAGGGCGCUCAAGGUUUGUCUAGUACAGACCCAGAAGCAGCCGGCACCUAGAUGAGACAGCUGUCCCAAGAUUCCGGACGAGGGCUGAAUAUACCAUCCUACUUUUUUGUUUUGUUUUCUCUUCUUCCCUUUUGUUAUGUGCCCACCCACCAAGGCCCUGAUUCCAGUGUGUGUUAGCAUUUCCCUCACUCCCCCUGCCCUUUUCUGCUUGCAAGCAAACAAUGGCUAGCAAUGAUACUUGGGACAUAUUUCCCCAGUAGGUCCCCUCAAGGAACUGACGCCCUGGGAAACAUCUCAUCUUGACUGAACUGGCCUCUUGUGGUUAUUGGCCAGAAGUGUAGGGGUUCUUUCAGACCCCUCCCUUUGGCCAAAAGGGGGAAAUGACAAAAUAAAAUUUAGAUCCCCUGUUUUCCCAGAACUAAGGUCCAGCCAGCCAGCUAUGCCCUGAGCUUGGCAGGACAACAAUCCUUUGUGAUCAUCCUCUGGAUGAUUCCAUCCUCUGGGCUAGUCACACAGUUCACCAGGUGUUCUCUGAUCAAAGAGAAUAAUGGACAGUCAGAACAUCCUGUAAUGAAUGAAUCAAACUUGUCACAUGCUUGCUGCUCCUUCACUGUCAGUGCUAUAGCUCACUGGGCAGCCACUAGUAUAAGUAUUGAUAUCUCCCCACACUACUUGGGCCCCCUCACCCCCCACUAAGGGUGAGGCCCCAGCACAUAUGUCUAUAGCUCCUCUUGGCUUGCAAGCCUUUUUCCUCACUCUGAAAAUAAAUCUUUAAUUCCUGA